AUGCUUUUCUUCACCCAGUGCUUUGGGGCUGUGUUAGAUCUCAUUCACCUGCGUUUUCAGCACUACAAGGCAAAGAGGGUUUUCUCAGCUGCUGGGCAACUUGUCUGCGUUGUCAACCCGACACACAGCCUAAAGUAUGCACCGACCCGUUGUGCAGCUGCCCAGACUUCCACAGAGCAAGGCAUCCUUCCUCCCUGCCAUCACCAUGAAACAGUACAUGACCCCCAGCUUGUUCCCUGCACAUGCCCACUCUUUUCCUGCCCAUGGGAAGGGCACCUGGAAGUGGUGGUGUCCCACCUGAGACAGACCCACCGCAUCAACAUACUUCAGGGAGCAGAGAUUGUCUUCCUGGCUACGGACAUGCACCUACCCGCACCCACAGACUGGAUCAUCAUGCACUCCUGCCUUGGCCACCAGUUUUUGCUGGUUCUCAGGAAGCAGGAGAAGUAUGAAGGCCACCCCCAGUUCUUCGCCACGAUGAUGCUGAUCGGCACACCAACCCAAGCUGACAACUUCACCUACCGGCUCGAGCUCAACAGGAACCAGAGGCGCCUUAAGUGGGAGGCGACCCCCAGGUCGGUGCUGGAGUGCGUUGACUCUGUCAUUUCAGAUGGGGAUUGCCUUGUGCUGAACACUUCCCUGGCUCAGCUCUUUUCUGACAACGGAAGCCUAGCGAUAGGAAUUGCAAUAACCACCAGCAAAGUUCACAGUGCAGAAGCUGAAAUGUGA